AUGCUCGCCAAGCUCACUGACACGCCCGAAAACAUCGAGGCUACCACCAAAACGACCGAUGACACCAUUGACACGCUAAAAUCUUCUACCAACGAGCUCGAAUCCGCCGCCAAGGACCUAGAAUCCAAAGCCAGGGACCUAGCAUCUGCCGCAAAGGACCUAGAAUCUGCCAUCAGACUAGAGCUCAACAUCAGCAAAGUCGAUUCGAGAGUGCGCCGUAUGAAAGGCGAGCUGCAGAAGAAGCAGAGACCAGAAGAGUCAGGGCGUGUCGUCAAAAGGGUUCAGGAGAGAGACAGGGGGCAGAGGUUGCCACUAAUGGUGAAACAUACCCUUUUGCCAGAAGAAACACAAAAGAGAAUAUUGGAGGAAGCCAAGAAAAGGGUUGCAUCUGGGGACCGCACAAACCUUGGCCUGACCCCAGAUACCGACAGGUUGAGCGCUGCCAGAGCUGUACUCGAGAGCCAACGGGCAAGUUCUAGUCUUGGAGAAAAAGAAAGAUCAUCUCAUCAUAAGCUAUAA